AUGUGGGAGGCCCCUGGGGCCAGCUGCCCCGGCAGAGAUCCCAAGCCGCCCCUGAAAGACACCCACUGCCACUCAGGAGGGCGCCACUGCCCUCCAGACCCCGCCAACGCCUGUGGCUCACAAAUAGGUCCUCCUAGGGAGGCGCCCCAAAAAUGGAUAAUUGUUGUCCCUGGGAAAGCCCCUGGGGGUCCAGCACCCCUAACAGGGACUCGGGGGCUCUGCCGUCCCUGUGAGGGCCCCUGGAUGCGCCGCUAUCCGUGUGAGAACCCCUGGGCACAUCAGCGCCCCUGGCAGGGCUCGUGGUGUGCCGCCGUCCCAGGAAUGGCCCCUGGGGGCGCUGCUGUCCCUGAGAGAGCCCCUGGGAGCACCGAUGUCCCUGGGAGAGCACCUGGGGGCGCUUGCACCACGGACGGGCCCGUGGAAGCGCCGCUGUCCGUGGAAGACCCUCUGGAGGAGCCAGUCUCCCUGGCAUGGCCCCUGAAAGUACAGCAGUACCUGGGAGGGCCGUGGGGGAGCUACGGUCAUUGGGGGAGCCCCUGGCUGCGCCUCCGUCCCUGGAAGAGCUCCUGGCGCCACCGCCUCCCCUUGGAGAGCCCCUGGGAGCGCCAGAUUUCGCCCCUGUCAUGGAUCCUAGGGGUGCUGCCGUCCCUGGGAGGGCUCCUGGGGGCGCCGUUAACCCUGAGAGAGCCCCUAGGAGCUCCGAUGUCCCUGGAAGAGCGUCUGUGGGCGCCAGCACCCCUAGCAGUGUGGCUAGGGGCGCCACCGUCCCUGGAAGCCCCUAUAAGGGCACUGCUGACCAUGGGAGGGCCCCUUGAGAGCGCAGUUGUCCCUGGGAAAGCCCUUGGGGGAUCCAGCACCCCUAACAGGGCCUCGGGGGCUCUGCCGUCCCCGUGA